AUGGCACCUCGAAUAUUAAUCUUCGGGACGGGCAGCAUAGGCGCCGUUUACACCUAUCUUUUGUCUCGAGCCAUUCCAGCCUCCAACAUCACCGCAAUCUGUCGUUCCAACUACGAGGCAGUCUUGAAGGACGGAUUUACCAUUAACUCAACCUCCUGGGGACAUGGAAUCAAGGUGAAGCCGGCCGUGGCCAAAUCGGCCGCCGACGCGGUCCAGUCGAGCCCGCAGGAGCCCUUUGACUAUAUUCUCGUCUGCACAAAGGCCCUUUUGACCAACCCGUCGACGGCCGAGCUCAUCAGCCCGGCGGUGAGUCGGGGCACUUCGAUCGUGCUGAUUCAAAACGGCAUUGGUAUCGAGGAGGACUAUGCCAGGAUGUUUCCCGAGAACCCCAUCAUUAGCACCGUCGUCUAUCUCCCGGCGACGCAGGUCAGCCCCGGCGUGGUAGAGCACAAGGAGGUGGAGCUGUUGCACGUCGGGACGUACCCGGCCGAGGCGCCGGCGCCGGCCAAGGACGCGGCCAGGGCGUUUGUGGACCUCUUGGGCGCGGCCGGCGCCACGGCCGAGCUGCACGACGACAUUCAGGAGCAGCGGUGGUCCAAGCUGCUGGUGAACACGUCGUGGAAUCCCAUUUGCGCGCUGGCCAGGCUGCGGGACCGGCAGUUUCUGGACGUGCAUGAAGACGCCGAGGCCUUUAUCAAGGACGUCAUGAUGGAAGUUGCUUCAGUCGCGCAGGCGUACGGGUACCACGGCAUCAAUGAGGAGCUGGUGGACUUUCAGAUCAAGAGAGCCGUGGUGCGGAGUCUGCCUGGUGUUCAGCCCUCAAUGUUGGCAGACACCUUCUCAUCCAAAAGCCUCGAGGUGGAGGCGAUAGUGGGCAAUGUGGUCAAGUUGGCAAGGGAAAAGGGCGUCAAGGUGCCCAUAUUGCGUACAAUCUACAUGCUUGCCUCGGGUUUGAGCAAAAGUUUCGAGCUUUCGCAAACAUGA